UUCUCGCUUAGAUAAAAAUCUAAUUUUGAAUUUUAAAGUUUAAUCAUUAUUCUUCUGAGCAACAGAAAAUGUGUCACCUAACCUAAGUUUUGUUAUAACCUGAAAGUUAUCAACGACAAACGAGAGUUUUAUUUGUCAUCAUGAACAAGUUACCUCGUCUGAAAAGAACAUUAACGCACUUGCGAUCUCUCAAUAUUCUACGAAUAAAUUCCUGCUCCGCAAGAUGUUUCAGUACGAAUAAAGAUUCAGAGGAAAAAAGCAACGAUUCAAGCCCAUCUUUGGAAUUCGGUGUCGAGAAAGAGGUUACGCCAACAGAGAACGUUAAAGUAGAAUCCGAGACGAAGUUGAGUGGCUUUGCGCGAAGUUAUGACAAAUUUUCGCACAUUGACGAUAAAAAGUCAGAAACGCCUCAAACAUUUACUUCUUUGAUGCGCAAUUCUAAAUUUGUUGAUCUGGGUGAUCCCGAAGGAAAAGUUGUAACUGGCGAGGUAUUUAAUGUGAUUGGUAAUGAUUUGUAUAUCGAUUUUGGAUGGAAAUUUUACUGUGUAUGUCGGAAACCUCUCAAGAACGAACAAUACUAUGUGAGAGGAUCUAAAGUUCGAUUGAGAAUAAAGGAUUUAGAACUUUCCUCCAAAUUUUUGGGCGCAGUAAACGAUGUAACUCUUCUGGAAGCUGAUUGUACUUUAAUUGGCUUAAUAUCAUCUCCAUUACAAAUGGCAGAACAGAAAGCAAGAACAAGAAGGCCAUAAAUAUAAGAUGUUUAAUAAUAAUAUGAUAAUGUCUAUGUUAAAUAAAAUUAAUAUGACAUGUA